AACUUUAACAAAACAUCACCGUUUUUUCAAAGACAAACCGGAACAGUGUUUUUGGCAGGAAUUAGCUUAAAGCUAACGUUAACAACGUAGUUAGUUUGCUAUUAAAACGGCCAAAAUUAAAUGUCUGGAAAUGUUUUCUUGUUGUUAAACUGUAGUUAUAAGAAAACAAACCAACCCUCCUGGUAAACUCGCUGCCAGACAGAAAACUGUUUUCCUGCGCAGGGAUCAGUCCGCCACCUUCGCUGCGCUCUUCGGCCUCAUUUUCAGCCUUAGUCUGCGGAUGAACCUGGCUCGUCGCCACCUUCCUAGAUGAAGAUGUCCCUGCCUCAGCGAGUCUUCCUCUCCUGGAUCUUCGCCCUGAUCUUCCUCAUCAUGCUUGUCCUCAAGCUGGACUCCAAAAUCUACUGGAACUGGUUCCUGAUCUUCCUCCCCGUCUGGACCUUUGACACCACACUGAUCCUUAUGCAGAUUGUGGAGAUGGCGGGUCGCUGUAAGCCGGACUUUGACCCCAGGGACGAGGAGAAGAGCAUAAAGAGGAGGCUGUGGUACCUGACGGCACUGCUCCUCAAGCUGGCCUUCUGUCUGACUCUGUGCUCCCGGCUGGAGAAGAUGACGAACAUCUGGGUCAGUGUGGUGUGUGUCCCACUUUGGCUGCUGCUGGGAGGGGCGCUGCUGGAACUGGGAUACAGUGUUUUCCACUACAGGACGGACUGAACUUGAGGAGAACCCUGAUAAGAUGGACACAAUAAUUUUAUAUAUAUAUAUUUACCUCUAACUGAAGAUGCACCCGUUUAACACGUGUUGCUCUUCUGCUGUGAGGGACUGGACGCUACAGAUUUUUGGUUUUGUUUUUUUGGUUACAUCAUAACAAGAGAAAACAUUUUAGUAUCAUUUUCUCUCUACUGUAAGAGUUAAUUUAGUCAUUUCCUGAUACAAUUGCACUUUGUUUUUAAUCUAACGAUUUCACAUAGAUGUCCACGUUUUGAGAUUGUAUAAUCCAGGCACAAAGAAGUGCAGAACCGUGAAGUGGAAAGAAAAGAAUGUAUGAUUUUUUAAAUAAAAAUCUGAAAGAUGUGGA